CCAACAAACACACCAUAGGAGCUUUGUGGAUUCAAAGGAUUUGCUUUCCCCUCUCAAAGAGCCGCUAUUCUUUGAUGAUUGGGCAGCGGCAAACUUCAAAGUAAUAAAUCUUAUUUCUGACUGGCUGGCGGCCCACCAAAGUCCUUAUCAAAUUCUAAGAAGUGAUCCCUCACUCUUCAGAUAGACCAAGGAUAUCUCGGAGAGAGGAAGCACUGAGGAGUGGAGACCUGCUCGACGUGAUAUUUUUUUACUGCGAAUGCACAUAUUUAUCUAAAUUAGUGCUUUUAUUUCGUAUUUCUUUUCAUCGAGACGGAGGAGGACGUUUACCAUGGCAGCAGUGGCUGUACUGCGGAAUGAAACACUCCAGGCUUUUCUCCAGGAUCGCACUCCAAACUCUUCUCCAGAGAACUGUAAGCACUCUCCGCUGGCUCUCCUGGCUGCCACUUGUAACCGGAUCGGGCAUCACCACGGAUCGAACCACGCAGAUUUCCUCCAGGUCCCUUACGACCCAACUCUGGGCUCCCCAUCGCGUUUAUUUCACCCGUGGACUAACGAGGGAACGCCUCAAAGCAGCCUGGCCAGCAACUCAACUUUCGGACUAUCCUCCAAGCCCCAGCUGUCUGCGCACAUCCAGAGCUCCUUCAGCUCGCACCACCACGAACUGCCCCUCACCCCUCCGGCGGACCCCUCGUACCCCUAUGACUUCUCCCCCGUGAAGAUGCUACCAUGCUCCAUGCAGUCUCUGCAGUCCUCCUGUCCUCCCACCUACGUCCCCGCCGUCAGCUACGCGGCCCCGACUCCCAUCCCGCCCGCCAUGCCAAGUUUUGUGACGGGACCCUCCGGCCUUGUGCACCAGCAACAGAGACAGUUGUCCCCGAACCCUGGAGAGGAUAUUCCAUGGUGGAGCCUUCAGCAGGGGAACCACGUCACUCACUCUUCCUCCCUUGGUCCCCAUCGCUUCCAGCUGCAGAGGGGACUGGUUCUGGGACAUACGGACUUUGCGCAGUACCAGACGCAAAUCGCGGCUCUGCUGCACACAAAGUCUCCUCUCGCGACCGCGCGGCGGUGCAGGAGGUGCCGGUGCCCGAACUGCCAGUCGUCCACGUCCAGCGACGAGCCCGGGAAGAAGAAACAACACAUUUGUCACAUACCGGGUUGCGGGAAAGUUUACGGGAAAACUUCUCACCUCAAAGCGCACCUGCGGUGGCACUCUGGGGAGCGGCCGUUUGUGUGCAACUGGCUGUUCUGUGGCAAGAGUUUCACCAGGUCGGACGAGCUGCAGAGACACCUGAGGACUCACACGGGGGAGAAGCGCUUUGUUUGCCCGGACUGCUGCAAGAGGUUCAUGAGGAGUGACCACUUGGCGAAACAUGUGAAAACUCACCAGAACAAAAAAUCCAAGUGCCACGACAAGACACUUGACCAUGUCAAAAGGGAGGACACGAGGAAUAUGUUGUAACACACCUUGUAGUCAUGUUAAACAGUAGAAGUCACUAGUGCAAUACAGUCAGUCCCACGUUAGUUCAAGUACUCAGUGAGCUGCAUUUUUAGGGUUUUAUUUUGUUUAUUUUGUUGGUUUCUUACAUCCUGAGAAUAGUCUCUAACAUUGCUGGUCUGUGUAGCACAUUUUUUUGUAUAUAUACAUAUAUAUAUAUAUAAAGUUUCAUGAGUUAAUUUGGGACCAUGGAGAAGUUCUGGCUCAUGAGUUUGAAUUCACUGUCAAUAUCAUGUCAAGGAAGACAAGUGUUCAACUUGUGUUUUGAUCAUUGUCUUCGGUGGAAGAUCUCACUCCGCUGUAAAUUAUAUUUAAUAGCUUUUGUUGAAUGAAAGUGUUCGUUUUUUGCUCCAUUUGGGGUGUUUUUAAGCAUGCUCUUGAAAAGAUCUGCUAUUGUUGAUAUGACCCAAAUACUGUGUGAGAAUAAAGAUUAUAACAUUUUCCUCAACUCUAAACUUGAAUAAGUCAUUUGAUAUUAAGUCAUUAUGCCUUAUAUGGGCGACGAGACAAUCAGGUUGUAUGUGUAAAGAAACUGAUUCAGUGUUACCUGGAUUAGUGUGCCUUGUGAAUUGUAAAACCCAGCCGUUCAUUUCCAACUAUUUUGUUUGGUAAAAUCUAAAAUAUAAGUGAUUUGAAGACUUUGAGGAAAAGUGUGCUAAUAUUUAGUUUCCAGCUUUUGGUAAUUGCUAAAAAAAAGGGAGUAUUUCAACCAAAAUAAAACAAUACUUAAUAAUACUUUGUCUAGUCUGAAAAUAAAAUACAUUUUUUUAAAUCCAAACUUUUGACCUUCUGCUACUACUGCUGCUGUUGUUGUUGUUCAACCUUUAACAUAAGCAAUGCGAUAUAGUGACAGAAGUUGAGUUGGUCUUGACUGUAUUUCAAAAAUCUUCACAGAAAUCAUUAGAAAUGUACAUACACUGUUAAAUCUUCAAAUAUAGCCAUGCGAGCCUUGAAAUUUGGCCGCCAACUGAGUAAAAACUGACAUAAAGCGUGAAAGAGAUCCAUCAACCGUAGACCUGAGCGCUUAAAAGGUGCAUACAGAUGCUAAUAUCUUCAAACUAAAUUUAAUUAAACCCCAAACUCUACCUUUUCAGUAACUUCUGUCAAUAUUGAGGUGAGAAGUUUUACUAAAAAUGUACUUUCCAGAGAUAAAAAAUGCGAACAACCCUUUAAAAUAAAUAAAAUGUGACAUCAAGUUCUUUGGAGAAUAUCACAUGUUUUCUUCACAGUUGAUGUUAAUUGUUCUACCAUUAAACUCAACUGUGGGACUGCUGUAAUUUGUUAAUGCACUCUAAUAGAUGCGGUCUAUUUGUCCUGUGCCUCUGCUUGUGCAUUCUACUUUUACCUCUGAGGACUUUGCAGUGACACCGUAGGCUGAGAUGAGACCCAUUAGCCGAGAAACACUUUUAGCUGGAAAACCACUGUUACUCACAGAACGUGCAGCGUGUUUAAUGUCUCUCCUGUCUGCCUGAGUCACUCAGAGCCUUAAUGGACAGUUAACGACAGGCCAGUUUUCUGACCAAACUGAUUGGCAAAGAACUCAGUCUUCUGUUCUUUCUUUUUUUUGUUCAACAGAGUGGAGAAAUAAUUGCAUUUAUAGGGCAGGUUGCACACUGACUACACCCUAACGCCUACAUUAAGUGGCAUGUAACAUCGACUUAAAGUGCAGUAAACUAACAGUAACCUGCGGGGGACAAAAUAACUUGAUUUUCUAACCUUGAGGCAACUUCUUCCAACUAAUCAACCCAGAAAAGUGUGGAACUUUUCAGUAACUAAUAGAUGUGACCGAUGAUACAAACAUCCAAUUCAGUAACUCAAUUCUUAGAGAGUAGCAUUGCUGCCUGUCAGCAGGUUUCCUGUCUGUCUUAUGACAGAUCAGUGAAAAUGUCAGAAUGAAGAGAACGACUGCUGCCAUUCAUUGACACUUCGAGCUGUCAGUUAUCUGCCUCAACAGCGCCCCCUUUUGUAAGUAGCCUCAGUGGUUCAUUAGAGCAGACAAAUAUUAUUGUGACAAAUAUAACCGACUACCACACAGGUCCAUUUGUAUUCAGAAAAAUACAACUAAUAUAAAACUAAUUCCUACAUAAUAAAUACAAGCAGUAGCGCUCGACGACAAUUCAAUGUAAGUUAGGUUUGCAGGUGUUCUUAAUGUUUGUUUACAUCAGAUCUAUACUUUUUAAUUAUCGUUAAAUGAAAAAGACAAUACAGAGUUGUCAUCUAUAAGUGAAUUAUAUAAAAUAUAAUGAAUGCACUUGUAAUUUAUAUGGUUAAAAAUUUGUGAUUGGACCUUUAAAACAAAAAAAACUUUGUCUGCUGCAGUUAUUUAUCAACUAUAGUUUAUGGACCAGAUCUGUUAUAUCAUACUGAACUGUAUACUAUAUUAUUUUGUAUAUGCAGCCUUGUUGUACAAGUGCUGCUAUAGUAACUAACCCUAUAGUAGAUGUAUCCAGUUUUACCAAAUCUCAAGAACGGACAAUCUGCCCCAAUAUUAACAUACCGCUGGCAUUCAUGACAAAAAGAGGAGGAUACGAAGGAAAGACCUCCAGUAAUAUGAUGAGAUGUGACCAUUUGAACUGUAAAUUCUUCAUCUGCAAAUUUUAUGAUCCUAUUAUAAAAGGAUGCCUGUGGAUGGAUAUGUUGAAUGCAGCAGACUGGCUCCGCACAAAAGCAUUGUUCGUCUCUGAUUUGUCUUCAUUGUCCAAGAUGCAGUCACUCUGCUUUAACACCGUCGGAGGCUAUAAUGCUUAAUUAGUAAUAGAAAGGAUAUCGUAUGUCGAGGCUUAUGGGUUUAUUUUCUUAAAAUGAAAAAGAUU